UGAUUUUUUCAAGGCCCCCGCAAAUCCAAUUUGGCUUCUUGACCAGCCGUUUACACGAGUAGUUUUUGUCUAACAUAGUUAGUUGUCCAUUGUAUAUUGAAAUAUUGUCGUUAUUGUGGUCGAGAUUACAAAAUAUUUUUUUGUGUUGCUGCACAAUAAGAUACAACAACUAGAAGCAAAUUACACAAGAAAUGUCGAACGAGCAAAUAAUCGAUUUGGUGAGUGACGAAAAUGAUGAUGUGAUAGUGAUUGACGACAGUCCUAAGAGAAGUUUUUCCGAGGAUACACCAAUAAAAGAUAACCAAAAUUCGGAUCCGAACUCAUUUGAAGUUCUUGAAGUUGAUAAUUUGAUACCGGUUGAUAUGGAUAUAGAAGAAAUCAUUCCUAUCGAUAAUCAAGCCCUUGCCGAAGAAAAGAAAAAUGCUGGAAACGAACAGUAUAAGAUCAAACGGUACGAUGAAGCACUUAAUUUCUAUACAGAAGCCAUCAACCUGUGUCCGGGCUCUCCGGCAUACUAUGGCAAUCGGGCAGCAACUUACAUGAUGCUCGGGGACUAUAAAUCAGCUCUUAGGGAUGCGAAGCAAUCCGUCACUAUGGACACAAAAUUCGAAAAGGGUUACAUGCGAAUUGCCAAAUGCUGUCUGCUGUUAGGUGAUUUAAUCGGAACCGAGCAGGCAAUCAAAAAAUUCCUGGAACUAGAUCCUGCAAACCAGAGUCUGAAGCAAGAGUUACAAAGCUUGAAGCAGUUACGUGAUCUCAACGAGAGAGCGGCCAGCUGCUACGAUAAGCAAGACUAUCGCACAUGCUUGUACCACUGUGAUAAUGCGAUCAAAAUUGCACCGGGCAGCAUGCAUUACAAACUGUUGAAGGCAGAAUGUUUGGCCAUGCUGGAGCGAUUCGACGAGGCCGGUGAUAUUGCGAUCAGUAUAAUGCACUCCAAUCCGACAAAUGCCGAUGCCAUUUAUGUGCGUGGACUAACGCUCUACUACAGUGAUAAUUUGGAUAAAGGUUUGUUGCAUUUUGAGAGAGCACUGCUACUGGAUCCGGAUCACAAAAAAGCCAAAGUGAUGCGAAUCAAAGCCAAACAGCUGAAAGAACGCAAAGAAAGGGGAAAUGAAAUGUUCAAAACUGGCAAGUACAGAGAAGCCUUGACAGUUUAUACUGAAGCCCUCACUUUGGACCCUAUGAAUAGAGAUAUAAACAGCAAACUGCACUACAAUAGAGCGCUAGUCAACUCAAAGCUCGGCAAUGUAUCGGAUGCCAUCGUCGAUUGCACUAGCGCUUUGCAAUUAAAUGAAAAAUACAUGAAGGCAUUACUGCAAAGGGCAAAGCUUUACUACACCCUGGAGAAUUUCGAGGAAUGUGUUAAAGAUUAUGAAAAAGCUUUGAAGUCUGAAAAAACUAUUGAAAUCAAGAAUCUACUGAAAGACGCCAAACUUCAACUAAAGAAAUCAAAACGUAAAGACUACUACAAAAUUUUGGGAGUCUCCAAGCAGGCCACGGAGGAUGAAAUUAAAAAAGCUUAUCGCAAACGUGCAUUGGUUCAUCAUCCGGAUCGUCACGCGAAUUCUUCCGAUGAAGAAAAGAAGGAUCAGGAACGCAAAUUCAAAGAAGUUGGAGAAGCAUAUACCGUUCUUUCAGAUCCAGUGAAAAAAUCACGUUAUGAUAAUGGUUAUGACAUUGAAGAUCUUGAACAAUCGGAUGUUGAUCCGCAGCAGAUGUUUCGACAAUUUUUCCAGUUCCAAGGUGGUGAUGCUGGUUUUGGUGGAUUCGGCGGUGGCGGUAAUAACUUCACUUUUCGUUUUGGCUAAAUCAAUACACAGUUCACUGGAUAGGAAUAGACAGAUAUGCUAUGAAGCAGAAGUUAGAGUCGAUAGUGUAAAGUUAUAUUCAUUAUUUUUUAC